CUUGCUGUCGUGGUCAGUAACAGACGCACUUUGAUUUAGUUUGUUGUUGUUUUGGGGUAACUGAAUUAUUUGAAGUUCUUUACACUGGUAAAGUCAUGAUGCGGUUAGCUGUUCUGCUUUUAGCGUGCUGGUACAUUUCUGAAGGAGCCCCAGCAGGACAGACUGACGUAGGAUUCACUGCACCAAAAAUCGAGCAGCCAGACAGUAGAGCUGGGUCAAUGCUGGCCAAGGACACAGAUGAUGAGACCACUAAUACAGUCGGCAAGUCGGCUAUGAUGAAAGAUGUUCGGAACAACUCGGCUGAUUCAGCAGAUGUAGCCAAAACACUAAAUAAUGUAGCUGAGCCAGCUCCAGAUAAGACAAAGCCCACAGACACAGCUGAGAAAGCAGCUAACAAGGAAGUCACAGCAAAAGAUUCAGCCAACCCAAUACCCGAGAAGACAGAGGACAGCAAAACUGAGCCAACAUCAGGCUUGGAAAAAGUUGGUGUGAAGGAAAACACACAACAGGAGAAAGAUGAUGAGAAAAAAGUCGAACCCCAGGAGUCUUCACUGGACAAAGAUAAAAAAAAAGAGGAUGGGGAAGAAGGCAAAGAUCAGGUCUCACCACCAGAGAAAAAGCAACAGCAAGUUGAUGGGCAAAAAGGUGAAGCCCAGGACUCUUCACUAAACAAAGAGCAACAGCAAAAUGGUGAGGAAAAAGAUAAAGCCCAGGACUCUUCACUAAACAAAGAGCAACAGCAAAAUGGUGAGGAAAAAGAUAAAGCCCAGGACUCUUCACUAAACAAAGAGCAACAAAAAGAUGUUGGGGACGAGGACCCACUGCAAGACAAAGAGCAACAGGAAAAUGACGAGGAAAAAGGCAAAGCCCAGGACUCUCCACAGGAAAAAGAAGAUGAGAAUGAGGACUUGCUACUAGACGAUGAGAAACAAAAAGAUGAUGGGGAAGAAGGCAAAACCCAGGAGACCAUAGAGGAACCUACAGAAAAACCCAAAGUAACCGCUCCUAAAACUAAUCCUGAAGAAGAUGAGGAGGAGGAUGGAACUGAUGACGGUGUUGGCAUUGAUGUUGAUGAUAUUGAACGUGAGGUUGAGAUUAAGGAGGAAUUGGGGCUGAUUAUUCCUUCCCAGCAGGAGGAGAGCAGCCACUUCUUUGCUUACUUGGUCUUCACUGCUGUCCUGGUGGCUGUCCUUUAUAUCGGAUAUCACAACAAGCGCAAGAUCAUAGCUUACGUUCUUGAGGGCAGUAGGUCAAGGUCCCACCGGAGACCAAAAUCCUCGGACUAUCAGAGACUAGAUCAGCAUUGAAGACCAGCUGUGAAGCUGCAUCUGCAGGAUCAGCUGUGACCAUUGUGGAUCGGCUGUGAGAUAUAACCUGAUUGUUGUUUUCGGCAGGGUUUGAAGAUAAUAUGAUUUAUAUAAUUCUCACUGUCUUAUAGAGUUUGUUCUUUAUUUGUCUGACAUAAGUCCAGGGAUUUGUAUUUAUGGUUUAUGAUCCUAGAUCAUAGAGAUGCUAAGCAUUGUUCUAACUAAAGGACCUCUGAAGGAAACGGGCUUUUUUGUCUAGAUUAUUUAAUAUGACAGUAUACAGUAUGUGUUUUAUUUCAACCUGGCAGUUUUAUUAAAAAGCAGUGAGGGGUUAAAAGAGGUGAAGUCCCAGAGGAGCUUGUUGGAAGAUUUCAAAUGAAAGUAGCUCAGUAGUUUAGAAAGUGUGAGUUUACAUGCACAAUAAUAAUCUGAUUAACACAUUUUAUUAAAUCAGAAUAAAGCCUUUAUUAGAUUUCAAGAAAUGACACAGACGGCUGAAUUUUAAGUAUUUCUGUGCAUUGUUAAGGCAGCACGGUGGUGCAGUGGGUAGUGCUGUCACCUUACAGCCAGAAGGGCCUGGGUUUGAUUCCUUUCUGUGUGGAGUUUGCAUGUUCUCCUUGUGUCUGUGUGGAUUUCCUCCCUCAAGUCCAGACAUGCAGUCAGGUCAGUUGAAGCUACUAGAAAUUACCCCAAGUGUGUGUGUGCCUUUUGAUGGACUGGCAACCUGUCCAGGGUGUUUCCUACCUUUUGCUAUGAGUUAAACCAUCACGAUCCUGACCAGAAUAAAGUGGUGAUAAAAACUGAAUGAGCACUGGUCAGAUAUAGUGCACCUGUUCAGGGACAAAGAAAUCUUAGACUCCACUUAUCAACAGCACAAAGAAGUACAUAAUGUGCAGUCUGCAACUAUAAAACCCACCCAGCCGGCUGAUAGCACUGCUGAGAUCCUGCACCACCCAAGCACCUCCAUAAAACAAAUGAUAACCUAAUUAUAAAUAAACAACUGGAGAGGUGGCUGGCCUUGAAUCAGAUUUACUUUAGCAAAUGUCAAAAAAUCUGCAUAAUACUAUACUAUGUCAAAAUUAGGACAUACUGUUUAGGAUUGUAUUAUGCAUUUUGAAACAGUUUUUGUAUACAAGCUGCUACAUUUAAAAUGUAAAACUAUGCUACCACCUCCUUAUUGGAAAAAUGUAAAUAAACUGAAGUAGCUACUUGUUAAAAAAAAUUACGAAUUGCUGCCUGAUUUGAUUUGGCUUACUUAAAUUCUUAUAAACUUGCUUCGUUUUUGGCAGCAUUUGUAUGAUCAUUACUAGCAGUUAUCAGAUUGUUUUGAACAUGUAAACACUUAAACUCAGGGUUUAACAGUGUCUCUUCGACUUGAUGAAGUUAUAGAUGUACACAGGCCAGGCAGCGGCAACUUACAUACACUACCACUAAAGCUUGGACACAUGAUUACGUGAAUGUUAAUGAGCCUGACAGUAAGUGCUUAGCAGUGUUGAAAAUGCAUUGCACGUGAUCAAUGAAUGAAAAUAGUUAAGUUGUCCAGGCAAACGGUUUUAAAGAAAUAAAAAUACAAUUUUAUUAAGUUUUUGAUCACCAAUUUUUGGGUCAGUGCAUAAUUACCCGCUAUUUAUUUUAAAUAAAGUCCUUCUUUGACUAAAGCAUCGUUUCAAGCUUUUACUGGUAGUACAUAAACUCGUUCACCUGAAGAAAUGUAUCCCAACAAAGCAUGUAACAGGUCAAAGAUUAUUAAGUAGUAGUCAAUGUGCUCACUCAAACCUCUGGGCUUUCUUCUUUAGAACAUCAGCUUUGAGAGAACUGUAGAAUCAUGAUCAUUCACAGAAUAUCAGCGACAGGCUCUUAUUCUUUCAAUCAAGUGAGGUUUUUGGAUUAAAUGCUUUGACCCUGUAGCUUUUAUUGUGUGGGUUUGCACCGUUUGUGCUGCUGUUACGAGAUCAGCCGUCAACUCUUGACUGCUGCUUGUGAUUCUACAGAACAAACUGGGAUCUGUUUCAUAAAUAAAAGAUCAGCUUUCCAAACAGAAAAGUUUUGCAGAAUUGCAAAUAAAAUUUUAGGUUAAAUAUGAAACCCUUUUGGUUUUUGGGCCAGCAUGUUAUUCUGUGUUUGUGACAGAUGUGAUGCCAUAGGUGACUAAUAAAGCCCCCCGAAUGUAAUGUCCAGGCUUGCUAAAUAUAAACCGAAUUAAAAUCAUCCUACACCAUUUAAUGAAGGAAAAAUAUUGCUGAUUUACUGAUUCAGGAUUCAUUUUAUGUUCAUCUGGUAUUUUUUCCUUACCUUUACAAAUGUAUGGAUGCAUGGUGUUACAACUUUUUUUGAAAAAGAAAUUUCUCAAUGUUGUUUUUCUACGAUGUUAUUUUUUAUUUAUAGAUUUUUAAUGAUUUGUCUGAACAGAUUUGUGUGCAGUGUUGUUGUUUGUCAUGAAGAAAUCCUAAUGCUGGAGAUGGAAUAGCCUGUGCCAAAAGGAGUUGUGCCCUUAAAGAAUGUGCUUAAAUAAAAAAAAUUCUCUUUGUGGUGUAUUGACUUUGUCAGCUGAGACGACAGUGGAACAUGAACAACAGCUUUGUUUUGAAUGCUAAAAAUCAUAAUAUAAUCACAAUGUGUCUGUUGGUUGAUUUUUUUCUUUUCUUAUACCAUUGUCACGUUUGAAUGAAAUCAGAAUAAAAUCAGAAUAAUUACUCAUUCA